AUGACGCCCGGCAAUUACAAAAUCGCAAUGGAUAUUCUCGCCACCCACUACGAUGAAAUGGAUAUUCUCGCCACCCACUACGAUGAUAAGGUCACAGUGAAGCACAUCCUGUACACGAAAUUAGCUCAAUUGCCGCAUUGUGAUCUCGAAGGGCGUAAUUUGCAAACCAUCUACAACCAAAUGUUCACCCUCGUAAAAAUUGGUGGGGAGGAUGACUGCAAAGAGACCGGAUUGGGAGCGAUUUUGCUCAACAAGCCACCAGCACGGCUACUAAGUCAAAUAUAUGAUCGAACGGGGAACAGUCACAAUCUGACGCCGACGCCGACCGAACUGCUAAACUUGCUCACCGAUAUAGUUCGUAAAGACGCAACCCUAUUCGAGAUGGAAUAUCACGCUCGCCCGAGUAACCAUCUCCAGAGUUACAGCUUCCACGCCUCAUCACGAUCGAGUCCGGACAGGACACUUCCUUAUAAGCAUAAGAAAAUGAGACCCUGCCCUUUCUGCCAGAGCAACGAUCACAUCCCUAAUGCAUGUGUUGCAUUUCCUACACCUCAAGGACGGAGCCGUCUCGUCAAGCAACUACGCUUGUGCUACAACUGUCUCUCUAACCAACAUUCGUCGAAGGAAUGUACAUCAAACAACAUUCGUCGAAGGAAUGUACAUCGAAGCAGUCUUGUAAAUCGUGCGCUAAACGCCACCACUCAUCCCUAUGUUUUGUACACCGAAGCGUGUCAAAUCAAGAAAGGUGUCCACAAAGUAUCACCCCAUCCCCACCUAAUCAUUCUGCAGUUCAAUCCCACCAACAAUUCUCUGCUGCUGUUACGAAUGAGGCUCACGUUGAUAGCCGUUCGGAAGAAAACAACAUGA